AUGAGGAGGCAGGAUAAGAAUAAGUCAAAUGACAGUGGUAUGGGUGAAAAUAAACUCCGUAUCGCUAUCGUUUCUAGCGAUAAGUGUAAGCCCAAAAAAUGUCGUCAAGAAUGUAGACGUUCAUGCCCUGUGACAAAAACAGGGAAACAGUGUAUACUGGUUGAACCGACUAGUAAGAUCGCAUUUAUUUCUGAACAUUUGUGUAUCGGAUGUGGUAUUUGUGUAAAGAAGUGUCCUUUCGAGGCCAUUACCAUUAUUAAUUUGCCCAGGGACCUGGGUAAGGAUACCACUCAUCGAUUUGGGCCUAACACAUUCAAGUUACACAGGCUUCCAGUCCCAAGGCCCGGACAAGUUCUGGGUCUCGUCGGCACAAAUGGUAUCGGUAAAUCGACUGCGCUGAAGGUUUUGUCAGGAAAGCUGAAACCGAACUUGGGAAAAUUCGACAGUGUUCCCGACUGGGCGGAGAUUCUGCAAUACUUUAGGGGCUCGGAGCUCCAGGGAUACUUUACGAAAAUGCUGGAGGAUAACCUGACCACGGCUGUUAAACCUCAGUACGUGGACAACAUACCCAAACAGGUUACCGGGCUCGUCGGGGAGAUCCUGGAGGCCAAGGACAAGAAGGGCAUCGGCCAGGACUUGAUCAUAACCCUGGAACUGUCGCACCUCCUGAACAGGAAGGUCUCGGAGCUUUCAGGAGGGGAGCUCCAGAGGUUCGCGAUCUGCGUAGCGAUUCUCGUCGACGCUGACGUCCUCAUGUUUGACGAACCGAGCAGCUACCUCGACAUUCGGCAGAGGAUAAUUGCCGCCAGGGUCAUUCGGCAGCAGAUUCACCACGAGCGGUACAUAAUCGUGGUCGAGCACGACCUUUCGGUCCUCGACUACCUCUCUGACUACGUGUGUUGCCUUUGGGGGAAACCAUCGGUAUAUGGAGUCGUCACUUCCCCUUUCAGCGUUCGGGAGGGCAUCAACAUAUUUCUAGACGGCUUUAUUCCCACAGAGAACCUGAGGUUUAGGGAGGAGUCCCUUACGUUCAAGGUUGCCACCGACGUAGAUUUGGAGGAAAUUGAGAUGCUGCACUCGUACAAGUACCCUAAACUGAAGAAGACCCUGGGUUCGUUCUCUCUCACAGUGAUGGAAGGGGACUUCAACGACUCGGAGAUCCUCGUUCUUCUGGGCGAGAACGGCACUGGGAAGACUACCUUCAUAAAAAUGCUGGCUGGAAUACUGGAAUCGGAUGACAAGGAGGCCGACGAGUAUAUGCCCAAACUGUCAGUGAGUUACAAGCCGCAGACCAUAACUGCCAAGUUCGACGGCACGCUCAGGCAGCUCCUAUUGAUGAAAAUCAAGGAUUCGUUCCUCUGUCCAAACUUCCAGGCAGACGUGGUAAAGCCUAUGCAGAUAGAAAACCUGUUGGACCAGCAGGUCAAAAAUUUAUCGGGAGGAGAGCUGCAAAGGGUGGCCAUCAUUCUGGUUCUCGGCAAGCCCGCUGACAUUUACCUCAUUGACGAGCCUUCCGCCUACCUGGACUCGGAGCAGCGUACUGACUGCCCCGUCACCGUCACUUUUAGGUUUACGCUUUAUAAAAAGAAGACCACCUUCAUCGUUGAGCAUGACUUCAUUAUGGCCACCUACCUGGCCAACAGGGUUAUCGUUUUCGAGGGGGAGCCAGGGAUAAGGGCCACUGCACUCAGCCCUGAGCCUUUGGCUGUAGGCUUCAACAGAUUCCUGAAGUCCUUGGACGUCACUUUCAGAAGGGAUCCCACCAACUACAGGCCCAGAAUCAACAAAUACGACUCCGUCAAGGACAAGGAGCAGAAAGCCUCCGGAUUAUAUUUCACAAUGGACAAGAUUCCACAACGACGCGUCUCUGUAUUAUCUUUAAAAGCGAAGAUAAACCACUUCAAAUACAAUAAUAACUUAAAUCAUAAUGGAAUAAAUGAAUUUAUACCUUUUAAUUCAAAUUUAAAGCUUGGAUCUCAUACACACCUCAAUGUCCUUCCUUCAAGGUGUUUUAUUAAUAAUCGCAACAAAUACACUUUGAGAAUCGCAAAAAACGGAUCCAACACAUCAUAUAAUUCACGUAAAGAUCUAAAACUUGAGUCAACAUCGAACGGUUCUGGAGAGAAUCUUGGUAAUAAGGCCCUGGAUUCCUAUGCAUCGAAGUGGUACUCUAAACGGGCUUACGGCACCGAAAAUUCGGAUCAGAUUCAGGGCGAAAACAGUGGCGUUAGUGCAACGGACGAGAGCGGAUCCGAAGACUCAGAUGAAGAGGACUACAGCAUCAAUUUGAUCCCUGAGAAGCCCUGGAAGCCCGGCGACGACCUGAGGCUCCCCUACCUGAUGGACGAGAAGCUCGAGCUCUCCAUGGACUCGUGGCCCGAGAACUGCUUCCUGCGCGUGAAGCUGUUCUCCUACUACAAGCACCUCGUGAACCUGGCUGCCGAGAGGAUCAAGCUCGGGCUCCGGGACAACGAGAACCUCCGGGUCACGAAUCCCAUGGCCCUGCCCAUGCGGCGCAAGCGCUGGUGCUACCUCUCCUCGGCCUUCAUCGACAAGCGCUCCAAGGACCUCAUCGAGAUCCAGGAGCACGUGCGCGUCGUCGACAUUCUCCCCGUUCGCGGCUCCCGCGUCCGCAAUUUCAGGGGCCUUCUCAUGGUCCCCCUUCCCUACUACGUCAGCUUCGACUACUGGUUCGAGGAGGUCCACAAGCCCGUCAAGUCCAAGCUGAUCCACGACCUCUUUCGCAAGCGGACCUGGGUCUCCAAGUACUUCCUCUACCACCGCGACAAGCACGAGAAGCGCGAGCUCAUCGAGCGCAUCACCUCUCCCGAGCUCGUCGACGAGGUUCCUCUCCGCCUGAAGAAGCAGCACAAGGCUGACUACUACUUCUACGAGCUCGGCGAGCUCCGGAAGCUUUACAAGUUCAUCGUCGCUCGCAAGGCUGAGGACGAGGCUCGCAGGUUCUACGGCGUUCGGACUCCGGAGAUUUGGGAGGUCGACGACGUUCGCUUCGUCGGCAACUACGAGGACCGGAAGUUUGACCCUGACUACUCUAGCGUGGAUCGCAUAACUAAGAAGGAUUAA